AUGGUUCCUCCUCCAGCAGAAAUUCGCAGAAAAUUGGUCAUUGUCGGAGACGGUGCCUGUGGUAAGACCUGUCUCUUGAUUGUCUUCUCCAAAGGUACAUUCCCCGAGGUGUACGUCCCUACUGUCUUCGAGAACUACGUUGCCGAUGUCGAAGUGGAUGGAAGAAAAGUCGAAUUGGCCCUUUGGGAUACUGCCGGUCAGGAAGAUUACGACAGAUUGAGACCUUUGUCUUACCCCGACUCCAACGUGAUUUUGAUCUGUUUCUCCAUCGACUCCCCAGACUCGUUGGACAACGUCUUGGAGAAGUGGAUUUCCGAGGUCUUGCACUUCUGUCAAGGUGUUCCUGUCAUCUUGGUCGGUUGUAAGGUCGACUUGAGAUCCGACCCAGUCACCAUCAAGAACUUGCAAGCUGACCAACAAUCUCCUGUGUCUACUGCCGAGGGUCAAGAAGUUGCCAACAAGAUCAGUGCCAAGCACUACUUGGAGUGUUCUGCCAGAACUGGCCAAGGUGUCAGAGAGGUGUUUGAGACUGCUACUAGAGCCUCCUUGGUGACCAAGGAGAAGAAGGAAAAGAAGAAGAAGUGUGUGGUUUUGUAA